AUGUCUUCUGUAGCAACUCGCAAAGUUGUCAAUUCUCUUUCUCCUGCACGCCGCGUCCCCGACAUGCGCGGUGCUGCAAAGCAGGCUAGUGUCGCUGUCAAUCCGAUCAGGCUGCCUUACAAGCAGCUCCAACGAUCAAACAAGUCAACCACAAAGCCAAGAACGAAGUUGGCUGCGUCGAGGCAGAACUUGCCCACAGCCAACGGGUUGACGUCAAGGACAAGACCGAGCGCUUCGGCGACUCGUGUACCCCAACUCCACGCACGAUCCAGAGCUGACUACAAGCAGAAUGGUGCCGGUGCGUUUUCGAAGACCAAGAUCCCGAGACCAACGGUUGUGGUGUUGAAGGAGGCUCGUAUCCGCCAGAGCAUGGAGUUUUGGGUCCGAUCAGUGAGUGUCGUUCGGACCCCCAAGGCCAAGUUGACUUCACACUCUGCAGACCAAGUAGCAGUUUCCCAAGACUGCGAAGACAAGACCCCAAAGAACGGCCCUAUCGAGGCCGACUCUGAAAUCCUGCAGCUUGUCAAGCGAAACGAGGCCAAUGGUGCGGGAAUCGAUGAUUCCUCACUGCUCUUCAACGACAAGAGCUUCGACGAGUGUGUUGACGCUGACCAACAGACGACGACCACCAAUCCCAUCGGACGCGAACUGGCCAGCAUGAAGCGACUUGGACUGGGACUCCGGAUCCACCGAUUGCCGUGGUUUGUGGGACUUGCCCACUGUCCGCAGUACAAGGGCGAAGGGGUCACCAUGCCACACGUGCGCCCUAGGAGGGGGCUGGCUGUGAAGGAGCAAGGAAAAGAGCUACGCACCAUUACCGCUCCGUCGAACCCGCCAAAGGAUGGUGUCAAGACAACACUACUACCAUCCCGACCAGCUACCAAGGGGACAACACUAGGCAACGUAGUCAAAGUCACCAAACCCGCUUCUUCGGCACCAGCCAAGAGCGAUAAGGCGGCUACGACCACAAAGCCUCAGGGGCAUGGAAAGCGCCACCUUCCGGCAACCACCCCGCCUAGGGCUUCGCGAAGGUGCUCAGCCAACAUCCGCACCACUCCUCUCUCCCGUCGCCAGAAGCCUGUUGCGCAGCCAAAGGCUACUGGAAAUCACAAGCCCCGGCCUAGCGUUGGACGACACCUCGGUACCAAGCAGUCAGCGACUCCCAGUACCGACAAGAAGCCACUGGAUCGUGGAGCUCACGCAGUAAAGCCCGCUCUAAAGCCGACUGCACGCCCAUCCAGUCCCGCCACGAUCAAGAAGCAGGUCGCCUUCGCCGAAGGACCUAUCAAGCCACGCUUCUUCUCCGCCAAGGACACCGUCAAGCAGUCCGCAUCGCCUGAUACCCUGCCAUCACGGUAUGAAUGGGUCCCACUCGUCGGUCUGCUGCACUCUCGACCUACCUCGGUCGGGUCCAAGACAUCAAAGAUGUUCCAAAGCGACAAAGCGGGUAGCUUGACGCUCAAGCGCCGCUUCCUCCUUCGUUUCGCCAGCGUCCAGGCGUACGAGGCAAAGCGUCGCGAAGAGGCUCUUGCCAGGGGUGAGCAGCCGGGUCUGGGUCAGCUCGACUAUGGCAAUGCUGCUAUCAAGAUUGCCCUGCAAGCGUCCGGGGUCGUCGAGGCAGACGACAUUGGGAUCCUCCAGGACCUGAGUGGUGUUGGCAGGUGUGGGCUCGUGGCUACUGGUCGCCGACGGAUGGCCAAUCCCGUUUGGGUCUUUGGGUCGUUCAAGGAGCCGACGAUACUAGAUAUUGUCAAGGACGACAUCAGCAACACGCACCGGGAUAAUUGAUGUAAGGAGUUACGUUCUGAUCAUCGAUGACUAUUCAGUAAGCUUUCUUUUCCCUUUUA